CCGGGUGGCGCGAGCCUGGUCGAUACGCUGGGUCAUGGCGGAUGACUCGGACGUCGAUGAAGAAGAGUGGUCGGACGAAGAGGAGAGAGGGUCAUGCCUCAAGCGCUCCAAGAAGAACGAAUCCCACGAGAUGGUGCUGGAGGAAGACGACAACGACGAAUACCACGCGCUGACGUUCCUGGACAAAUCAAGCAUGGCCAAGGUCCACAUGUGCAUCGAGUGCGGCAGCGUCUUCACCAAACCGUCACAUCUUCGUCAGCAUGCGUUAAGUCAUCAGCGCAAGUCAUUCAUGUGCUCCGUGGAAGGGUGUGAGAGGAUGUACACGCGGAAGGACCAUGUGACACGACACGUCAAAAUGGACCACGAUGCGUGCGACCACAAGGCGUCGCCGUUUUCGUGCACACUGUGCCACCAAGAGUUCAAAUACAAGCAUGGUCUCACGCGGCACAUCAAGGAGAAGCACGAUACGACCAACGCUUCUCGGCCUUACGUGUGUCCCACGUGCCUCCAGACGUUCAAGAAGAAGUCUCAACUGCAGCAGCACUCGUACGUUCACACAGGGAAGCCUCCGUUCCCAUGCGCACAAUGCGACGCGGCCUUUUUAAAGAAACACCAGCUCGAUGCACACAACCUCCGGCUCCACACGGCAGUCGUGUCUGUUGUGUGGAACCCCGACGCGUCUCCUAUGCCGAUGGAGGCAGCGGUGGCCCCACCGGUUGAAUGCACCUUUUGCCGCCAGUUUUUCGCGUCGAAGAAGACGCUUCACGGCCACAUUCAAGCAGUGCACCGGCAGAGGGAGGAAUACCCGUGCCCCGACUGCGGGAAUGUGUACUCGACCAAGCCAAACCUGAACAAACACAUCCGGGUCAUUCACCAGACCGGACCUGCUGCGCCAAUGUUUUCCUGCGACCUCUGCGAUCGGUCGUUCCAUUACAAGCACGUUCUGAAAAAGCAUUUGCAAGCCAUGCACAACACCCCGCGGUCCGAAAAGAGGAAGCGGAAGCCGUUGCACGAUGCCGCCGUUCGUCUUCGACUUGUCGGCUGCCCAUCCCGGGCGAGUGGCCCGGACGUGACCGACCGCUGCUUAUAGUCAUGCCCAUGAGACUUGCACUCGCAACUUGUUAAGUUAGUACACGAUCGAGUUGCGGCCAAAGAGUUCGUCGCCGUUUUGUU